AUGGCUCUUCACGCUCUUUUCCAUGAGUCUGACCUUCACCAUGAACUUCACGACGCUGUAGGUUUGAGAUACAAUGUCCCAUUCUUCCUCUACCUUUUAUGUCUUAGUAUACUGACCACGGCUUGCCAUAAAUCCAACAGAUUGUUGAUAGCGCUGGCUGUUGUGUCGACCAUCAGCUGGUUCAUUCGAUACCGGUUCCUGAAUAUGUACAGCCGUCUACCCCCGGAGCCCCAACGCAAAGAACCCCAACUCGACCUCUUCCCUGACGUCCAAGAAGGUGAUUCCAAACCAGGCCUGGCCAACUAUCUCGAUGAAUUCCUGAGCGCCAUCAAGGUUUUUGGUUAUUUGGAGCGACCAGUAUUUCACGAAUUGACCCGCACAAUGCAGACUAGGAAAUUGAUAGCUGGCGAGACACUGCUCCUAGAAGAAGAGAAAGGCUUCUGUCUCGUUGUAGAUGGCCUGGUACAGAUCUUCGUGAAAUCAAUUCGGGAUGGCAAGUUGGGUCCGGAUGAUCAUAUCCGCCGGGGUCGUGAAUCGUCCGCAGAGGAGGAAGAUUAUGAAAUUGAUGGAAAACAAGGGUACCAGCUUCUCACCGAAGUCAAGAACGGGGCCUCGAUGUCGUCCCUGUUUUCAAUCCUGUCGCUCUUCACCGAGGACAUCCAGUUGCGGGACUCCGAAAGCUUGUCCUCCAGUACAUCUAGCGUAGGCCCGGCUCCUGUCCGGUCGACGGAUUCACUUCCAACCAGUCCUCAAGGCUUAGGUGACAGCCCAUUUCCUGGCCCCGUCAGGGGUCGUCAAGCAUCUGUUUCCCAAAUUCAUGGCAAUGGUGACUUUCUGCCAUCGGUGCCCCCCUUGAAUCUCGAAGAUGGUCCUGGCCCCUCGGAUCACGUCCCCUUGCCCGAAACGGGGAAGCGGCGAGACAAGAAGCGUCGAAAGUCAGUUCACCCGGAUAUCGUUGCGCGGGCCAUGGUAGACACAACCAUCGCGAUCAUUCCGGCGAGCGCGUUUCGCCGUCUGACGCGAGUUUAUCCCAAAGCGACUGCCCAUAUUGUUCAAGUUAUCCUGACGCGCCUUCAAAGAGUGUCAUUUGCCACGGCGCAUUCCUAUCUUGGUCUUACUAAUGAGGUCCUGGGUAUUGAAAAGCAGAUGACCAAAUAUACUACCCACGAUCUACCGAAUGAUAUGCGCGGUGCGGCUUUGGACAGGCUCAAGGAUAAAUUCAUCAAAGAACGCGAUCGCUUAGGCCCGGAGGAAGUGACCAAGGGCAUCGCGUUGCACAAUCCCUCCAGCGGAAGAAAGAUUCGAUCCAAUAGUUUCCUGAGAAAGGAGGCUGCUCUCCACGCAAAGAUGACGGCACCAAAACGUGCAUCGACCCUGACUGCUCAAGACACUGCCAGUGAGCGCGAGAUGGCCGGAGUAAGCCCCGGUGAUCUCUUGUCAACCAUCCAACUCUCUAGAUUUGGCCCUAGAUAUGAACACCUAGCCCCUAAAUUGUACAGCCCUCUUACCGAAAAAGAGCCCUCCCCUUUUCGGUCCCCGAUCAUGCCGACGCGACCCUCUACUUUCCACCGAAAGGAGUCUGUUGACGAAGACGCCCUGUUCCGUGAGUCGAUUUUGGACUGUAUCAUGAAGGGCAUCGGCCUGAGUGGAAGCACCCGCGACGUCUUGCGUAAGAGCAGCCAUUCGGGGGAUGUGUCCCCUAAACUGCUCUCGUACGAUUCUCGGCGCCAGAAAGCAGUGUUUUCCAACAACGCUUUUGGCUUUAUUGAUCCCUAUGAUGGCUCGGGAGAUGGCGAGACGGAGUCGAUGAUGUCUAUGUCUGUAACCAGUGCCGGAGGGACAUCACCAAUUGUCAACCUGCGGGAAGAACUUCGCAAUGAUAUUGAGAUUGUCUACUUCCCCCAGGGCUCAGUCCUUGUGGAACAAGGGGAACGUCACCCCGGCUUGUACUAUGUGAUUGACGGGUUUUUGGACGUGGGUAUUCCUGUAUCCGACAAACCGGAGGAUCUUGUGGGGGCGUCCAGACCGGCUCAUUCUCAGUCCCGCGAAGAGCCCUUUCCUGCGCUGAGGCGGACCAACACAAGCACGUCGCGCGUCCAGGGCGGAGCGAGCUCGGCCAAUGACCCGAAGAGAAAGAAACAGUCGCGGAACUCCCUUUACAUGAUCAAGCCUGGCGGUAUCCAGGGUUACGUCGGCGCGGUCGCAUCGUAUCGCUCCUAUACCGACGUCGUCGCCAAGACAGACGUGUAUGUGGGCUUCCUCCCACGAGCGUCCCUGGAGAGAAUUGCAGAACGGUAUCCAAUCGCGCUGCUGACCCUGGCCAAGAGGCUGACCAACCUUCUUCCCCGACUGCUUCUCCAUAUUGAUUUCGCUCUUGAGUGGGUGCAAGUCAGUGCAGGCCAAGUCAUAUACCACCAAGGUGACGAAAGCGACGCGAUAUAUCUCGUUCUCAACGGUCGUCUUCGGUCCGUACUCGAAAGCGGUAAUGGCAAGAUGACGGUUGUGGGUGAAUAUGGUCAAGGAGAGAGCGUGGGAGAGUUGGAAGUCAUGACUGAAUCUACUCGGCCGGGCACUCUUCACGCCAUCCGAGAUACCGAGCUGGCCAAGUUCCCUAGGACACUUUUCAACAGUCUUGCGCAAGAGCACCCUGGGAUCACUAUUCAAGUCUCUAAACUCAUUGCUCAACGUAUGCGAGACUUGGUGGAGCAUCCCCUUUCUGACAAAGGCAGCGAGAGGAGCCAUACUGGCAGCGUCCAAACUGCUACCUCGACCGUGAACCUCCGCACAGUCUGCAUCCUUCCAGUCACAGCCGGAGUACCUGUGGUUGAGUUCGGCCAUCGCUUGCUAAAUGCGCUUCAUCAAAUUGGUGUCAUGAACGGCGUCACGUCCCUCAACCAGGCGGCUAUUUUGAAUCAUCUUGGACGGCAUGCGUUCAGCAAAAUGGGCAAACUUAAGUUGUCUCAGUACCUGGCCGAUCUCGAGGAGAAAUAUGGAAUGGUGCUAUAUAUCGCCGACACCAAUGUGAAUGCUCCAUGGACGCAGACAUGCAUCACGCAAGCGGACUGCAUCUUGCUUGUUGGCCUUGCUGAUUCUUCUCCUGGCAUUGGUGAAUACGAAAGGUUCUUGCUUGGAAUGAAGACGACCGCCAGAAAGGAAUUAGUGUUACUUCACUCCGAACGCUAUUGCUCACCGGGAUUGACAAGACGAUGGCUGAAGAACCGCGUAUGGAUCAAUGGCGGCCAUCACCACAUUCAGAUGAGUUUCCGAUUGACUGCCGAACCCUCAAAUACUCAGACCAAACGCUUCGGCACUGUGCUGAAGCAGAGAGUUCAGGUCCUCCAGGCCGAAAUCCAGAAAUACACCUCGCGACGAAUCCGACAAACCCCUCUUUACGCCGUGGAUGCACCUUUCAAGGGUGACUUCCAUCGUCUGGCGCGCCGGCUUUGCGGUAGGUCAGUCGGGCUUGUCCUUGGGGGAGGCGGUGCUCGGGGCAUCGCUCAUGUCGGUGUUAUCAAGGCGAUUGAAGAAGCCGGGAUUCCUAUCGACAUCAUCGGCGGUACCUCUAUUGGCUCGUUCAUUGGGGCUCUGUAUGCGCGAGACGCUGACGUGGUUCCCAUGUACGGCCGCGCGAAGAAGUUCUCUGGGCGUAUGGGCAGUAUGUGGCGGUUUGCCCUGGACUUGACAUACCCGUCAAUCUCGUACACAACUGGCCACGAGUUCAACCGUGGAAUCUUCAAGACCUUCGGAGACAGCCAGAUUGAAGACUUCUGGUUAGAGUUCUACUGCAACACCACCAAUAUCAGCAAAUCAAGGCCGGAGUUUCACUCGUCCGGUUAUACAUGGCGCUACGUGCGCGCGUCAAUGUCGCUGGCCGGCCUCAUUCCUCCGAUCUGUGACGAGGGCAGCAUGCUGCUUGAUGGAGGAUAUAUUGACAACCUCACGGUGGCGCGUAUGAAGAGUCUGGGUGCUGAUGUGAUCUUCGCGGUCGACGUCGGGUCCCUGGAUGACAAUACCCCACAAGGAUACGGCGACUCACUCUCCGGCUUCUGGACCGUGAUUAAUCGCUGGAAUCCAUUCUCUUCGGUUCCCAACCCUCCCACUCUAUCGGAGAUUCAAGCACGACUUGCGUACGUGUCGUCAAUUGACAAUCUCGAACGCGCCAAGAACACCGUGGGAUGCUUAUACAUGCGGCCUCCGAUCGAUCCGUAUGGCACACUGGACUUCGGCAAAUUUGACGAGAUCUACCAGGUUGGAUAUGCGUAUGGGAAAGAGUUCCUUGACAAACUCAAGAGCGAGGGCUCACUGCCUCUACCGGAGGAGACUGAGGAAAAGAAAAAACUGCAGCGCACGAUGGCGCCUCGACGAGCAAGUAUCUGA